AUGAUCGAAGAAGAGGCGGCCACGAACAACCCGCGGACCGCCGCCGACCUCUUGCGUGGGGUCCGCGAGCAGGUCGCGGACAUCGACCCCGCUGCCGAGUCGAUACGCGUGGACCUGUCCGAGGGGCAACUGGUCGGCAAGGACCGGCUUCACGAGGACUUCCUCGCGCAGAUGACUCAUUGUUCACGUCUGGUCUGCCGUCUCAAACUUCGGCGCUUGUACCGGGGCAUCCUUAAGGAACUACGGUAUGCCACCCUACUCACGUUGUAAGAGAAAGCUCCAGCGGGCAGCAGGUCAAUGUAGAGACAUGAACAUCUAACUGAACUCCUCAGCAUGUACGAGCAUGUACGAAAGCUCCGAUUGCAUCGCAGGUAGUAUCCGUAGGAAGCAGCAGCACGGUAC